AUGGCAGAACUGCCUGUAUUGCCUGUAUUACGUUUCCCCGUAUCGGGCCAGGAAAACGGGUCUUUCCUCGUCGAAGUAGCUUCCAAUGGCUCACGGCCGCUUGACCUAAAACUCAUUGGAUCUGAGAGCACGGUGGUGUUCGUAGUCAAGUUGCGACAUAAAAAGAUCAUCGAAUACAAGGCUGACCCUGGUCACUGCACGGACGAGGAAUGGGAACAAAUCCUGACGUCGACCUUUGUCGACCAGAAGCCUGUACCCGAUGUAGAGAUCAGAGCAGACGUCCAACCGGAUGAGAAUUCGGUGACUCUAUCCUUCCGGAAGAAUAUCCAGGGUAUAACGCAACGUCUGGGGUCUAUUAAUUUGGUCGAGAAUGAUCGAACGGAGAUCUCACCCUUCGACUGGUGCGUGUCGGCGAUUGAAUCUCGCGUCAAGGUGACAGAAGAGCUGGCAGCCGCAACAACCAAGAUCGAGUCACUACAGCAAUCCAUUGACGAACUAAAAGCUCAGCUUGAGGAUUUCAUAACCACCAAAGAAGAAGAUGAAAAAGAAAUGCUUGAGAAGUUCCAGGACUUAUUGAAUGCGAAAAAGCUCAAGAUUAGACAGCAAUUACGCCUCCUCGCAGCAGCUAAGGUAGAUCCCGAGAAACUUGGUAACAUAGGAGGCGACGAGGGCCAGGAUGUACACCGAAACGCAGGGCCUUCGCGCUCAGGUAAGAGGAAAGCCACCGUAAAGGAAGAGGAGGGUGAGAGUGACGACGGUUUCGAGAAAAUGGAUGUUGACAACGGAGCGACUGGCGACAGAACUGAUAGCGAGUCUGAAGCCAGCACGGACCAGGAUCAGCAGCUAAAUACAGAUAACGAUGCAACAGAAAGUGAUCCUGGCACUGAUGAUGAGCCACCAACUGCUGCUGAGGUCAAGCGAAAAGGGGCAGUAGCUGGCCGCAUUACCAAACCAAAAGCACAGGGCAAGAAGCCGGCAACUCGUUCCAGCGAGACUACGAGGGUAUCGAGGGCAAAACAAGCCGCUGAUAUGGACGAAUCGGAAGAUAAUGACGAAAUGCCUCCUCCUCGAGUUCUGCCAUUUAUGGCAGCCAAGAAAGCGGCGGCGCCACCACCGAAGCCUGUAGAUGAUGAUGAGACGCCGUCCGACGAUGAUUCCGAGCUAUGA